GUCUUACUGCCGGCCGAAUUGUUUUCGCGGUCUCACAUGCUCUUUCGCGAACACUCUGUACACUAGUUGUAGUUGCACCCGCUAUCUCUGUGUAUCUGUCACAUCUAGUGAUCCUUUGGAAGGACUAAAGUGUUUCACAGAGAAGUCAUCUCGCUGGGAUUCUGGCUGAUUCUUUUUGCUUCGCUUUUGGGACGAAUUUUAAGGAAUUUUACUGAGGACGCGCCAUGUCGGCGUGGACUCAAUUGAUGGAGCCAGGGCCAGUACUGAUAUUUUUAGUCCUUAUUUUUAUACCACAAACUGCUUAUUCUGCGCCCUUAGAGAAUGAAGAAGUCACAGAAAUUCAGUACUAUCCAGUCGCCGAUGCAACUGGUUGUUACUACAAUUUCGAACAUUACGACGAAGGAGACAGGAUAAUCACGAACGAGCCAUGUCUAAAUUGUACUUGCCAUAAUAGGAUGCUUAUGUGUUAUCUGAGGGUAUGUCCGUUCACGAAGGCCAUCGGCCAGGAUUGCAAAGUUGAAAAAAAAGCGGAUCAGUGCUGUCCUGUAAUCACCUGUCCAGAAGUUCAUGUGCAAGUUUCCCACGACGCUUCAACUGCGCCUUCCACUGCCAUUGGACACCUCAACGAAUAUGGAUGUUCCAUAGAUAAUCUCUUCUAUGCCGAUGGUGCGAAAGUACCUUCUAAUCCUAGUAACCCUUGUGAGGUUUGCUACUGCAUUAGAAACAAGACUGCUUGUAUUAUACAAGAAUGUACAUUAACAGGAAAGGUUGUAGAAGGGUGUCGACCAGUUUACAUUGAUGGAAUUUGUUGUCCUCUGAGAUAUGAUUGUGAUCACCCAGAAAUAGAAACGACACCAAGACCUCUUUUGACUACAACAACAACAACAACCAGCCCUACUACAAUUCUGCCAACAACUACACAAUCUCCUACACAGUGUAUUUAUAAUAACGACAUUUACGGCGAUGGAGCUCUCGUCAAGAAAGACAUUCCUUGCGAGAAAUGCUAUUGCAUGAGAGGAGACAUAGUUUGUGCAGUACAAGAAUGUGGUCCAACACCACUUGAUAAAGUUAACUGUACUGCUUUCCCUAUAAAAGAAGGCCAGUGUUGCCCUGACACUUACGACUGUGAUAUGAUUUCCGAAGAAGACCUAACAACCAUAUCUUCAUACGUGCCUACAACUCAACCUACGAUAAUCACUCGUGCUGAUGAAUUAACUACAGAGAGCGAAACUGAAGAACCUAAAGUGCCGCCAACAACAGUGCCAACUCCACUUAUUAAAGACAGAAACAAGUUUGAAACUGAGGGCGAAAGAAAAGAAGGAGAAAAGGAGGAAGCAUCUUCUACUCCAAAAACAGAACAAAAAGAAGGACUUACUACCGAAGCAGUUGAAACUGUAACCGAAAGUAUUACCUCAGCAGUAACAGAAGCUGUUACCGAUCUUGUACAAGCUAUUACAACUGCUCUAUAUGGAGAAAAGAAGAAAGAAGAAAUAUUGACAACAGAAGCGCCAGAUCUUAAACAAGAAACAACUCCAGGUCCACUUGAAAAAAAACCAGUACAAGAAAUUAAAGUGUCACAUACUGGUCCGGAAGAAGGUACUACAGAACUUUCAGUUGAAAACGUAACAGAAAGAAAAGAACCUGCUAGUCAUGACCAUAGUGAAGAGCCUGAAGGAAAUGAAUUAACCACGCCUCUUCCAGGAUCUGAAGAUGCACACACACGUCCAAUUGAUCAAGAAGGAGAAAGUCCAAAGCCCACACCCGAAGAGAAACAACACGAAACUGAAGUGCCCCCAACCAAAUUACCGGAAGUCGAAAGUACUGUUACCCAAUUAGGUACUAGUGAGGAUGGAACUAAAAUCACAGAGGGCGAAAUAAGAAAACAAGAAUUAACCACUUCAAAAGCACCUGAACAAUCUACUAUUCUACCAGUAGUAAAUGAAGAAGAAUCAAAAUCAACAGAAGAACCUAAAGAAACAGAAGAACCUAAAGAAACAGAAGAAACUAAACCAACAGACGGACCUAAAGAAACAGAAGAACCCAAAGAAACAGAAGAAACAAAAUCAACAGAUAAACCUAAAGAAGCAGUAGAAACUAAACCAACAGAAGAACCUAAAGAAACAGAAGAAACGAAACCAACAGAAGGACCAAAGAAAUUAGAGGAAACUACAGAAAUAGAAGGAUCAGCAGAAAAAGACAUAUCCGAAACAACAGAAAUUCCUAAAGAAACAGAAAUACCUAAAGGAACAGAGGGACCUAAAGAAACAGAAGUACCUAAAGGAACAGAGGGACCUAAAGAAACAGAAGUACCUCAAAAAACAGAAGAAUUAAAACCAACUGAAGAGCCUCAAGAAAUAGAGUCAAAACCAACUGAAGAGCCUCAAGAAAUAGAGUCAAAACCAACAGAAAAAUCUCAACCCACAGAAAAAUCUCAACCAACAGAAGAAUCGCUACCAACAGAAGGGCAUACACAAACAGAAGAAUCAAAAUCGACCGAGCGACCUAAAGUAACUGAUGAAACUAAAGAUACAGAAGGUGUUAUGCGACAACAAGAAAUUACUACUCCAAAGACAACAGAAGAAUUUACUUCUCAAGAAACAGCAACUGAACAAGAAAUUGAAGGUACCACGACAGAAGAAUUUGAAAUUGUAACUAGUGGACCUGUAAACGAUACUGAAAAACCAUUGUCUAUGGAUCAUGUUUCAGAAUCGGGUCACACAAAACCAUCUGAAGAGAAGACAGAAUCUUCUGCUGCAGUACCUGAAAGCGCAUCGACUGAAAAAACUAGAGAGUCUACACCUAGAAUUGGACUUGAAGAACAAACUACAUUUGCACCUGCUAAAGAAUCCAAUGAAAUUCCAGAAAUUGUUGAAGAAUGUACUGAAGAAUCAUGUAAAAAAGUAGAAAAAAUACCAACAGAAGAGAUACCUGAAAAGGAAUCUGAUCAUACUGAAUCUAAUCAAAUACCAGAAGGUCCAUUGAAAGAAACUCAAGAGCCAGAAAAGGCUACUGAAUCUGUAUUACAUGAGAAAGUAUCUGACGGUUUUACAACUGAGGAAAGUACACCUAGGAUCGACUUGGUGGAAACUACCCCUAAGAUAGAAUUGAUGGAAACUACCCCUAAGAUAGAAUUGGUGGAAACUACCCCUAAGAUAGAAUUGGUGGAAACUACCCCUAAGAUAGAAUUGGUGGAAACUACACCUACGAUCGACUUGGUGGAAACUACACUUAGGAUAGAGGUGGCGGAAACUACACCUAAGAUCGAGUUAGCAGAAACUACACCUAGAAUCGAAUUAGCAGAAACAACACAUAAAAAUGAGUUGGAGGAAACUACACCUAAAAUCAAAUUGGCAGAAACUACACCGAAGAUAGAAUUGGCAGAAACUACACCUACGAUUGAGUUGGUGGAAACUACACCUGAGAUCGAACCUGAAGAAACUUCCAAGGUCGAACCUCAAGAAACUACACUUAAGAUCGAGCCUGAAGAAAUUACAACACAAAAAUUAGAUAUAGUUGAAAGAGUAUCUGAACUAAGCACAGGAGAAGAACAACAGACAACUAGUCAACCUGACAUUAAGGAACAGGAAAAAGAGAUAUCAGAGGAAACUAAAGGACCAGCAACAACAACAACAACACCGCAUGAUGUAAGAGAAAAUGAGAUACCAACUGAGAAAGAACCUUCUGUUGAACCCAGUGCAACAGAAAAACAAUCUUCUGGAGAACCAGUUGUAAUAGUUACUCCUCAAUAUGAAACUACUGAAAAAUCAGGUCAGGAGAGGAGCAAAGAACCGAGUGAGACAACUACCGCUAUACUUCAGGAAAUUACAACUGAACUUUCAGAAGAACAAACAACAGUUGGUACUCACGAAGCAACUCCUAAAGAAAAAGAAACAGUUAAACCAGAAAUACCUGUGGUUUACACUGAAAAAUCAACAUACGAAGCUUCUAAAACCACGAUUUCAGUUAAAGAGGAAGUAUCACCUAGUGAUGAUGGUACUCAUUUCACAACAGAAGUAUCUCCAUCAGAAACCGAAGUUACACCAGAAGAAGAAAGAGAACAUGGAAUUCCUGGAGAAGGCAGUUGCUUGGUUGAAGGAAAAACAUACAGUAAUAAUUCAGAUGUACCUGUAUAUAACCAUUGCCAAGCUUCUUGUAGAUGUGUCAGUUCAAUUGUAAGAUGUAAAGAUAUAACUUGUCCACAACCGCCCGAAGGAUGCGAACUUAUUACACCUAAACCACGUGGUACUUGCUGUCCCGCAUGGAGUUGUGCUAAGAUUCCCGAAGUUACAACUACAGUAGUAGAAGAAGAAGAAGGUUCCGGUUCAUCACCAACAGAAAAAACAGAAGAAACUACGCAACUUCCAGUAGAAUUAACAACAUAUGGAGAAAAACAUAUUGAAACCGAAGGCACUACCGUCGCUGUACCUAUUGAAACAGAACCUAAGGUUGGUGAACCUCAACAAGGUACAGAGGUAACAACUGAAUCUGUUCAUUCUGUUACACCAGAACAUGAUGAGUCUCAAAAUGAAAUACAAACACCUGAAGAAACAUGUACUAAAGAAGGAUGUACCUGGCAGCAAGCAGCACCUGGUAAACAACCUGAAAUAGAAAAACGAACAGAAGCUAUACCAACUACCGAAUUAGAAACCCCAACUGAAAAGAUCGGAACCGAAAGUGAGAAGGAAACAACUCAGCCCACUGUGGAGAAAGUUACAGAGGAAACUAAACAUGGAGAAGAAGUUACAGACGCAGUAACUAUCAAGGAUAGAUUACCAGAAAUAGGAACGGAAAUUCCAUCUGAAGGACAAACGGAGCCUCAACCUGAAACAAAGAAACCGACAAUACCAGAGGAACAAACAACUCCGCGAGUGGAAGAAACAGAAAUUACAGAGGGAGUUCAAAUUCCAGAAGAGGCUACAGAAUUACCUGAAAGUAAAUUAACAACAGAAUCUGCAACCGAACAAACUUCACCCAAGGGACAAACUGAAUCAGCGGCUUCAGUUGAAACAGAAGGAAACGAAAUCAUGGAAUUAUCAACAGAAAAGAAAUUCGAAGUAACCCAAACUACUUUAGCUCCAUUGGAAGAGUCUAAACCCACCGAAAAAAGUGUUACUAAAGUUAAACAACCCGUUGAAAUAACUGAGAUUGUCGAAACGACAGUAUCGCCUUCAGGAACUGAUUCCACGUAUAGUGCUGAAAUUGAAAAAGAAUCUUCACCAGAAUCGCCUAUUUCUUUAGUAACACAAUCGGGUGAAACUAGGCAAUCAGAAGUAACUACUGAAUCUACUGAGCAAGUUACUGAAGAAAAGGAACCAAUGGGAUAUAAGCCUAUUGAAUCUGCCGACCAUGUGACUGAAACAAAGACUGAAAUUGAAACAACACCACCAACUAUUAUACAAGAAAAACCGAAAGAAACUAAGCAACCUACCACAGAUUCUGCUGUUCAAGAGACCGAAAAACCUGUUACUAUAGCCUCUGUUGAAGAAAUUGAAAAACCUUCUACAGUAGAAGCUGUUCAAGAAACUGAGAAACCUGCAAGUGAACUAGAAAAACAACCUGAAGCUACAACAAUACCAAGUGUUACCCGCACUAAAGAAAUUGAAAGUGCAACUGAAGGACAUGGUGAACAAAUAACAGAGACGGUUGCAGAAAAACAAGAAACUGAAACAGAAAAACAAGAAACUGAAACAGAAAAACAAGCUAAAGGAACAACACCCGGAAGCAUUAAAGAUUUACCGACUGAAAUCGAAUUAACAACGAUCUCUAAAGAGGAGCAAAGCAACGAAAAUGAUGAAAGUACUACAAUAAGUGGUGAACAAAAACCUAUUUCUAUCAAUGACAGAUUACCAGAAGUAGAAACAGAAAGUCCAACUACACCAGAGAGGAAAACUGACGUUACGACAACUAUACCAAAAGAAGAGCCAGAGGUGCCUGAAAAAUCAACUGAAGAAUCUGUUACUGAAGGAGAACAAGAAAUCGGACCUGUAACUGAAUUGGGUGAGAAAUCCUCAGAAAUGCCCGUUGAAAGUGGAACCCAACCAUCAACAGAAUCUGAACAGCCCGAAAAGACAGUAGAAGGAAAGCCAACUGAAGAACCAACUUCUUUGACAGAAGGUGUUCCGAAAACACAACCAGCUAGUGAGGUACCUGCUGGUGCCGAAACUACGUUAAAACCGGUUUCUUCAGAUGAACAUGUAACUGAUAACGAAGGAUUAACACCUGUUAUUAGACAUGAAGGUGUCACCGAAAAGGAGACCCCAACUUCUGUAAGUGUUACAGAACCAGGCAAAAUGCGUGAUACCGAAAUUAAACCGACGGAAGUAACACCAUCUGAAAGUACUGAGGUUCCAACUGAAUCAGCACCCAUUUCUGAACAAAUCACAGAAAGUAAAGGAGAAACAACUACUAGACCAGCUGAAGCUUCUGAGACUACCAGACCAGCUGAAGCUUCUGUCACUAGCGGACCAGUUGAAGCUCCUGUCACUAGCGGACCAGUUGAAGCUCCUGUAACCAGCGGACCAGUUGAAGCUCCUGUAACUAGCGGACCAGCUGUAAUGCAAACAGAGGAAACUGCUACGACACGUACUGGAGAAAUUUCAAAGGCUACAACAUCUCCCAAAGAAGAAAUAUUUACGUCACCUCAACUCAGUACUGAAAGUUCCAAGAACGAAUCUACUGAACUGUUUACGUCUGGUCCUCACGAAUCAUCAACAUUUAGAACUCAAGUUGAAGGAGAACUGUCUACCUCAAUCCCACUUUCUCAAUCGACAGAGUUUCCAAUCACACCUGAACCUGAGAAAAGCCAUGAAAUAUCCGGAGAGCACGAACACAUUCCUGAAGUACCAUUCCCAGGGGAAGAUUAUGAUGAAGAAGAAGAACCAAGUCCUUUGGGCCCUGGAACAUGCCGAUAUGGUGGUAAAGUGUUCGUUUCCGCACAACAAAUUCCAAGAGAUGAUCCCUGUGAUUUCUGCUUCUGCUUUAGAAGUGACAUCAUAUGUCUUCAACAGAGUUGUCCACCUCCUAUUCCUAACUGCCACGAAGAACCUAUCAGAGGGUUCUGUUGUCCUAGGUAUGAAUGUCCCGUUUCGAUGGCCACUUCCCUUAAUGUAACGACCACAACAACUACAACGACUACGACGUUACCUCCUAAUUUCUUGGCUCAUGUUAGAGGCAGGGCCACGAGAAAUGGAUGCCAGAUUGACGGAAAAGCCUACAAAGUAGGAGAAUACAUUAAAUCUGCCUCAGGGCCAUGUAUGCACUGCACAUGCGGUGGAGAUGGCCAAAUGAAAUGUGAUCCAAAACAGUGUAGUCCUGAACCAAUGCUGCGACAAAUGAUUGCGGCGGCAUCUAGGAGAAGGAGAUGAACGAACAAUUAAAUAUUAAAUAGUGACAAUGCCACAAAACUGUGCAAGUGAUACAGACAAUUUUAUGCAAAUUGAAAUCUAGUGUCCUCGAACUCUUUAACUAAAGAAGGAAGUAUUUUUGCUGGUACAAGUGAGCCGAAAAUACAAUGAAAUACCAUAUUAUUUGGAAAUGUACAGAUAGUUUGUAGUUUAUUUGGUUCUUCUAAAAUUUGUUUGUCAUGCUUUUUAAAAGUAGUCUAUGGUGUUGUUAAUUUCUUUUGUACUUUAUCAGUUUUUAGUGAACCAUCUAAUGUAAACAGAACAUCGCAUCACUUUCUAUGGAUAGCUUAUCUAAAUAACUCAAAACCAAUUUUAAUUGAAUAUUAUCUAGAUCAUUCCUAUUUUUUUAAGAUUAUAAAUUUAAUUACUUUAUGGAUAACCUUUCCAUACAACUUUUCUAAUAGUUCUCAUAUGAAGAAGUUAGUUUCUAUUCUAAUAAUUUCAACUCUGGUACGUUAAGAAAUAGUAACUUAUAUUGACCAUAGACAAUACCAUUAAAAUUCGUGUCCAAUAAUAUUUCUAGACCAAACAAUAAUGAAUGAAGGUAUAUAGUUGGAUCAAAUUUUAAUCCGUCGUUGACAUUUUCAUGUAGAACAUAAUUUGAUCCCAAUCUAUGAGAAAACCAUAAUGAGCCCAGAAUAUGUGAUAUACUUAGAACUAUCAUGAAAAACGUUCUUCGUUCUUUUAUGAGUUCGGUGAGACUGAUUCUCAAACAUGGUCAACUGAUAUUGGUUUAUGCUAUGUGAGAAAGUUCUAUAGUCAUUAACAGAGUUCUAUGCAGCUUUUGGGAAAGGUUCAUUAAAGUACCUGUGGAUUCAGAUUUGUAGAUUUAUUUAUUACUUUAUCCAAAAAAACGUAAGCUAUGGUUUUAAUAAGAGAAUAAAUUUUGAUCUGUUUAUAUUCCUUUCUUAAGAGGAGUUCCUUGUUGAUUGGUCUACUAAUUAUAAAAAUUUGUUAUUCUCCUCAUAGUAUUUUCGUCUCAGUUAGACAGGCUCACGUACUACUUAAACAAGCAUUCUUGGGUGCCAAAAAACGGACGUAAAGUAUAGGUAGUUGUGCCUUUUUAUAAAAAGAAGGUUCGAAAAAUGUCUUAGCGUAUAAAUUGGUGCAGUAAGAACGCGAAAUUUUCUAAGUGAUCAACGCGAAUGUAUUGUAUACUCGACUAUAUAGAAUAUAGUAGAUGUUUUUUGGUUCUGUAGCCUGAGUAGACAAAAGUCUAUUCAAAAAUAUUUUUAAAAUGAUAAUCUUUAUACAAGUAUCUGAUUUAUUUCAACAAAUCUAGUUAUGGAUAAAAAAGUUUUAAACUUUGGUCGAAAUCCACUUUUUUAAUAAAACUUUUAACUAAACUUCCAAUGACUUAUUGUACAAGAUUUUUGUCUUAAAAAUGAAGGUUACUGGACCAAAGAACGCUAAAAAAUAUCUAUUGCGAACAUGACUGACGAAAUUUUACACUUUUGUAACUAUACAAUUUUUGGAGUGUCGUUUUAUUUUACUUUGAAAAAAGCCAUUUCUUGUAAUACAUGUCGGCUCUUAAUAUUUAUCUAGUGUUACAAUUUGUGUUGCGUAUCCCAAAUCAGUCUCAGUUGUUUGACUAGCAGAAAAAUAUUGUUUAUUUUCGUUUUUUUUUUGUAGUUAGAUCAAUAUUUGAAAACUUCUUUUCUGCUACUUGAACGCUUAGACUACUUCUUGUAUAUUUAUGGAUGCUCAAUAUUAUUAUUAAGUAGAAUAUGUAGUAUUUAUCAAUAAUAAUGAAUAAAUUGUGUAAAGAAUACCA